UGUGUGUUUAAAGGAAGGAAGGAAACAUCAAGUUCAAGGGAGGACUCCAACCGAAGCUGGGAGGCUGCAGUACAAGUUUAGAUUUGAGCACCAGUUGAAAGAUCCUGAACAUGUCUGAGCUACAGCAGGAGGGAGAGGAGGGUAAGAUAAAGAGGCCGGAGGUGAGGAAUGAGGACCUGAUUCAGGCAAAAGAUAAGCUGGCGUCUGGGACUACGGUGAAGAGUAAGACCUUUGAAGUGAUGGAGGAAUGUGAACGUGAGGGGAAAGCCGCUCCAUCCGUGUUCAGUACCGUUCGAUCAGGAGGAGAGACCGUCUUCAACAAACCCAGGAAAAAGUAACAUGGAAAAUCAUUCAGAUUUACUUACUUUCACAAUCUGUAUUGUAAGUACUGAAAUAGAAGGUUGAAUAAAAAUGGUUGAAACAA